GCAGGCACAACUACCGAUGAGAUUGAUCGGAAACUGCACAACUUGGUUAUUCAACACAAUGCAUAUCCGUCGCCCCUCAAUUACAUGGGCUUUCAAAAGUCCAUAUGUACAUCAAUUAAUAACAUCCAGGUGCAUGGUGUGCCUGACACCAGAAUGCUUGAGAGUGGGGAUAUUAUCAACAUUGAUAUUUCAGUGUAUGUCAAUGGUUUCCAUGGCGAUCUGAGCGAGACUGUUUGUGUGGGCAAAGUAAAUGAUACUGGGCGGAAGCUGCGGGCUACAAAACGGAUAUAUUUAAGCAGCAUAGACUCUACAGUGGUGCCUAUAGCGAGUGAAGCAGGAUUCACCAUCAGCGAGAACUUUGUAGGCCAUGGGAUUGGCCGAGAAUUUCACACGCCACCAAAUGUACUACACCACAAGAAUAGAGAAAGUAAAAUGGAAAUGAAGGUGGGCAUGGUCUUCACUAUCGAACCCAUACUAUGCGAGGGAUCACCUGAGAUGUCCAUCUUGGAGGAUGGCUGGACGGCUAUCAGUAGGGACGGGGGACGAUCUGCACAGUUCGAACACACGGUGGCUAUAACAGAAAAUGGGGUUGAAGUGCUAACCCUCAAUCAUAAAUAA